AUGAGCAGCGUUAUACUGUGUUGUGAAUAUCCCCAGCUCAGCUGUUACUCCCCUGAAUCUCCGCAGUCAGACUCUCUGGGCUCCACAUACUCCAUCAAUGGUCUGCUGGGAAUCACACAGACCACAGUGGAUGGGAAGAGAGGACACGAUGACAGUGAUCAGGAGAGCUGUCGGCACAGUGUGGACUCUCAGGGCAGCAGUGGCGGAACGAAACAGCUGAGAACUGAACAUUUUCCCUCCACAACGCUGGACUGCGGGUUCGAGAGACACUACAGCAGUGACAGCUUCAGUCAGAGCAAAGCAGAGCAGCAGCUGUACCCGCUCGCGCUCAUGAAUGCCGGUCUGGACGAGGGAAAAAGCGCUUCAUCCAGCAGAAACCUGGCGGCACAUCAAUCUCAUUGCUCCGCCUCAGAAGCUCUACAGCCCCUCCCACUCUGUCUGAAACAGGAAGUGUCACCUGAGGUGAACAGCUCAAGCCCCUCCCCCAACAUCAUCUAUUCAGCCUUCUUGGACCUGUCUGCCAUUUCGGCUCCAUCAUCUGCUAACAGCUGCGGCUCCGCUCAUUUAUCUCAUGGCUUCAGCUCAUUUUCCCAUCAUGCCCCAGUUCAUGGCCAGUUCAGCAGCCCGUCCCUCAUGGCAGGGCGUGAAGUGGCGAGCUCCAUGCUGCCCGGGUAUCCUCCGCACAUCCCCGCGGCGCAGACCGGCUUCUCCUCCUCUACCAUCGCCGGCAUGGUUUCAGCUCAAGAGUACACGGGGCAGAGCUACAGCCACCCGGCCUACAGCAGCUACAGCGAGGCCUGAGAUUCACCAACUCCAUAUACUGGUUCCCCGUAUUACUACAGUUCUGCCGCUCGAGCUCCGCCACCUGCUGCUGCCUAUGAUCAUCUCUAACCCUCCGCCAGACAGAGAAACACUGCACAGAAGAGCAGAACACACACACACACACACACACACACACACACACACACACACACACUCCUUUAUCACUGUAACACUAUUUAUGUUGAGCUAAGGCCAUUUACGAGCACACGUUUACAUCGGAGCAGCCAAAGACUCUCCUGCUACCUGUUUCAUAUGUUCACACUAAAGCUGCUUCCGCUCACCUCACCUGACUGACCCGAUCACACACCCUGUACGUCUGAUAGAUGUAUUGUACAGAUCCAGUGGUCUGGAAAUCAUCUGCUGUGUUCAAAGCUCAGAUGUAAACACCACCAUCACGCCAACAUCUCUGUGGUGUAGGUGCGCUGUCAGGGGACAGAACCAGUAUCAUGAUUAAUCCUCAAGAACAGGAGAACCGGGCUGCGCUUCAGCUCUUUAAGACAGAAGAGACGUUUAUGGAGGUUUGGCUGUACCUGACGGGCUCGAUCGUGAUUUAUUUGGAUGUUUUGGGCGAUGUGUAAAUACUGUAGAGAAGGCAAUCCCACAUCCCGAUCAUUCAUCUCUAUUCCACACAUGAUGAUCAGAGCUGGAUCAUGCGGGAUUCAUUCGUUUGAAAUGUUUCUAUUCUCCUUUCUGUGUUUCGUCACCUUUUAUCAUGCUUCAGCUUCUGAAUUUUGGGUUUAUGAGAUUACUUUUAUUCUCCUGUUAAUGAUAUUAU